AGUCUGAGUCCAACGAUGAGGCUGGGGAUGGGAGCCGAGCAUGGAGGCCUCAUGAUGGGGCACCCUGGCAUGCAUUAUGUCCCAAUGGGAAUGCAUCCUAUGGGUCAGAGAGUGAAUAUGCCUCCUGUACCUCAUGGAAUGAUGCUGCAAAUGAUGCCCCCAAUGGGAGGACCACCAAUGGGGCAAAUGCCUGGAAUGAUGUCUUCAGUAAUGCCUGGAAUGAUGAUGUCUCAUAUGUCUCAGGCUUCCAUGCAGCCUGCCUUACCACCAGGAGUAAAUAAUAUGGAUGUAGCAGCAGGUACAACAUCUGGUGCAAAAUCAAUGUGGACUGAACAUAAAUCACCUGAUGGAAGGAGCUACUACUAUAAUACUGAAACAAAACAGUCUACUUGGGAGAAACCAGAUGAUCUUAAAACUCCUGCUGAGCAACUUUUAUCUAAAUGCCCCUGGAAGGAGUACAAGUCUGACUCUGGAAAGCCUUACUAUUACAAUUCUCAAACAAAAGAAUCCCGCUGGGUGAAACCUAAAGAACUUGAAGAUCUUGAAGGAUACCAGAAUACCAUUGUUGCUGGAAGUCUUAUUACAAAAUCAAACCUGCAUGCAAUGAUCAAAGCUGAAGAAAGCAGUAAACAAGAAGAGUGCACCACAUCAACAGCCCCAGUUCCUACAACAGAAAUUCCAACCACAAUGAGCACCAUGGCUGCUGCAGAAGCAGCAGCUGCUGUUGUUGCAGCAGCUGCUGCAGCAGCAGCAGCAGCUGCUGCAGCCAAUGCAAGUGCUUCCACCUCUGCUUCUAGUACUGUUGGUGGAACUGUUCCAGUUGUUCCUGAGCCUGAGGUUACUUCGAUUGUUGCUACUAUUGUAGAUAAUGAAAAUACAAUAACAAUUUCGACUGAAGAACAAGCACAACUUACUAGUACCCCUGCUGUUCAGGAUCAAAGUGUUGAAGUGUCUAGUAAUACUGGAGAAGAAACAUCUAAGCAGGAAACUGUAGCUGAUUUUACUCCCAAAAAGGAGGAGGAAGAAAGCCAACCAGCAAAAAAAACAUAUACUUGGAAUACAAAGGAGGAAACAAAGCAAGCAUUUAAAGAAUUAUUGAAGGAAAAGCUACCAUCUAAUGCUUCAUGGGAGCAAGCUAUGAAAAUGAUCAUUAAUGAUCCACGAUACAGUGCUUUAGCAAAGUUGAGUGAAAAAAAGCAGGCCUUUAAUGCUUAUAAAGUCCAGACAGAGAAAGAAGAAAAAGAAGAAGCAAGAUCCAAAUACAAAGAGGCUAAGGAAUCCUUUCAGCAUUUUCUUGAAAAUCAUGAAAAAAUGACUUCCACAACUAGAUACAAAAAAGCAGAGCAAAUGUUUGGAGAGAUGGAAGUCUGGAAUGCAAUAUCAGAACGUGAUCAUCUUGAAAUCUAUGAAGAUGUUUUAUUCUUUCUUUCAAAAAAAGAAAAGGAGCAAGCAAAGCAGUUGUGAAAGAGAAAUUGGGAAGCCUUAAAAAACAUACUUGACAACAUGGCUAAUGUGACAUACUCUACUACUUGGUCUGAAGCCCAGCAGUAUCUGAUGGAUAAUCCAACUUUUGCAGAAGAUGAAGAAUUACAGAACAUGGAUAAAGAAGAUGCAUUAAUUUGCUUUGAAGAACACAUUCAGGCUUUAGAAAAGGAAGAAGAAGAAGAAAAACAGAAGAGUUUGCUUCGGGAAAGGAGACGACAGCGUAAAAACAGAGAACCUUUUCAGAUAUUUUUAGAUGAACUGCAUGAACAUGGACAACUGCAUUCUAUGUCAUCUUGGAUGGAAUUGUAUCCAACAAUUAGUUCCGACAUUAGAUUCACUAAUAUGCUUGGUCAGCCGGCAUCAACUGCACUUGACCUUUUCAAGUUUUAUGUUGAGGAUCUUAAAGCACGUUAUCAUGAUGAGAAGAAGAUAAUAAAAGACAUUCUAAAGGAUAAAGGAUUUGUAGUUGAAGUAAAUACUACUUUUGAAGACUUUGUGGCAAUAAUCAGUUCGACUAAAAGAUCAACCACAUUAGAUGCAGGAAAUAUUAAGUUGGCUUUCAGUAGUUUACUAGAAAAGGCAGAAGCCCGUGAACGUGAAAGAGAAAAAGAGGAGGCUCAGAAGAUGAAAUGAAAAGAAUCUGCAUUUAAGAGUAUGUUGAAACAAGCUACUCCUCCAAUAGAAUUGGAUGCUGUCUGGGAAGAUAUCUGGGAGAGAUUUGUAAAAGAGCCAGCAUUUGAGGAUAUAACUCUAGAGUCUGAAAGAAAACGAAUAUUUAAAGAUUUUAUGCAUGUGCUUGAGCAUGAAUGUCAACAUCACCAUUCAAAGAAUAAGAAACACUCUAAGAAAUCUAAAAAACAUCACAGGAAAUGCUCCCGCUCUCGAUCAGGGUCAGAUUCAGAUGAUGAUGACAGCCAUUCAAAGAAAAAAAGACAGCCAUCAGAGUCUCGUUCUGCUUCAGAACAUUCUUCUAGUGCUGAAUCUGAGAGAAGUUAUAAGAAAUCAAAAAAACAUAAGAAGAAAAGCAAGAAGAGAAGGCAUAAAUCUGACUCUCCAGAGUCAGACGCUGAACGGGAGAAGGAUAAAAAAGAAAAAGACCAGGAAAGCGAAAAAGACAGAACUAGACAAAGAUCAGAGUCAAAACACAAAUCACCUAAGAAAAAGACUGGAAAGGGUUCUGGUAAUUGGGAUACUUCUGGCAGUGAACUGAGUGAAGGGGAAUUGGAAAAGCGUAGAAGGACCCUUUUGGAGCAACUGGAUGAUGAUCAAUAAAUUAUACCAAAUAUGCUUACAGUAUGAUUUAAAGUCUAAUUCAGACCAGGGAUUCUAUUUUAAGUUCAAUUGAAAUAACACUGGGUUUUAAUUAUAUCACAG